CGCACCCGUUGUGGUCGCCCCUGUGAAAAAUUCACAGAGCAGUAGCGGGCCCUUUAAAGGGGCUCGAUACCUCGUCUAAUCGGGAUAAAUGCGGUGCUCAGAUCAUGUAUCGCCACCGUUGUCGCGACUGUGGCCGGAAACGGCAGGAAAAUACUUGGAAGCCUCGCGAUGCAUCUCGCAAAGUUAACAUUUGAGUUGCGAGCCCUCAUACCAAGUGAGCACCAAUUGGAAUCCGUCAUCGCACUAGACUUUCACAAGAGCCCUCCUGGCCAAUAAUGGCAUACAUCGGGGUUUGCUCCGCACGGCGAUGCCAGUCUAGAUGUGGAUAUCUGACGAUGAAUCACACGCGUGGACUGCGAUAGCCUUUGCCAUGCAGAUGCGAGGCAGCUGCUAAAUGCUGCCACCCCCCGCCGCAUGGUCCAGCACCUCAUACACUGCAACUUCCACCAUGGCUUCCAACGAUUUCCCGUCCUUGUUACACGAUGAGUGUCCGCCAAGAGCGGAUCUGCGCCAGAUGAUGGCUCACCAGCCGCUUCCUACAAUCCCUCCUGGGACGAUAGAUCCAGGUUCUAUCACUGGCGACGAGCCGGUGAAGCUGGCGCGCACUGUGUUGCGCCGUUUGAGCGCUGCACUGGCGGAUGAUGAUGCGAUCGCUGUUGAGAGUUGUUUCUUUGCCAGUCAGGCAUAUUGGAAAGAUCAGCUGGCGCUCACUUACCACCUCCGUACAUUCAGCGGCCCUAGCACAAUCACCGCUAGUUUACUGGAAACAAAGAACUUGAGGGAAAUUGAAGGGGAGAUUGCUGUUGAUGGAGGCGCGGUCUUCCUCCCGGCUACGCCGACGCUUCAAUUCAUCGACUGUGGUAUUGCCUUCCGAACUGCCUCGCCCGGUGCUAAUUGCAAAGGGAAAGUCGUUCUACUUCCUGUUAAGAACCGCGAUGAGACAAUUGAGUGGAAGGUCUGGGUCCUGAGCACAUUUCUCGAGGGUUUAGACGUGCAGCAAGAGGACGAGGUAUUGCUCAGAUCUCCUGGGAGGCAAUUGGAUGGUCUUGCGACAUUCGACAUAGAUGUCUUUAUUAUCGGGGGCGGAAACGCCGCUGUCACUCUCGCAGCACGUCUCAAAGCGUUGGGUGUCGAUAGUGUCAUGGCCGAGCGUAAUCCGCGACCUGGCGAUAACUGGGCCCUGCGCUAUGAUUGCAUGCGGUUUCAUAUCCCCACAUCAUUCUGUGACAUGCCCUACAUGGCUUAUGACGAGGAGCUUCGAGCUCCUCACCUUUUGACUAGAGAGGAGCUGGCUUCGCAGGUCAGACGGUAUGUCGAAACCUUCAACCUGAAUAUCAUCACCUCCGCGCAGAUCCUGUCGACGAGGUACGACCCAUCCACCAAACUUUGGGAGGUCAAGCUUAAGGCACCUGCUGGCCAGCAAACAGCCCACUGUAAGCAUCUCGUGCUUGCGACCGGCAUCGCGUCCCAGGAGCCUUAUCUGCCAAAGGUAACAGAUGGUCAUCUAUAUCAAGGAACCAGCCUCCAUUCGGCUCAGUACAAAAAUGGAAAGCAGUUAGCAGAGACUGGAGCCAAGUCCGUCCUCGUAAUUGGAUCUGCCAACACUGCUUUCGACGUUCUCGAGGACUGUCACAGCGCUGGUCUCCAGACAACAAUGGUUGUUCGAUCUCCAACCUACAUUGUCCCAGUCGAAUACGUCUGCGAUAAGCACAGUCUCGGAGCCUAUGACAUGGGUGUUGAGUUAGCUGAUCGACUCUUCAUGACGCUGCCGUCGCACGUAGACGCCCAGCUCGCUCGGGGUUUGAUCGCGCAGUUUGCAGCGCAGGAACCGCAUCGCUACGACGCUCUCGCAGCCGCUGGAUUCCCGGUUAUCGACAGUCGCGACCCGGACACGGCAUUGAUGCACAACCUGCUAGAGCGAGCGGGCGGGCACUACGUGGAUGUGGGCGGCACCAAGUUGCUCACGGACGGUACGGCAGGCAUGAAGGCCGGGGUCGAGCCCAUUGCGUACACGGCCUCAGGGCUACGCUUCUCGGACGGAAGCACUGCUGAUGCUGAUGCCGUGGUAUGGUGCACCGGAUUUGCCGACAAGGAUAUGCGCGACACGGCCAUCCGAACCCUGGGCGGACACUCUUCCGGUAAGGAUGCUGAGACUGAGACCCAGAAGGUCCUUGGCCCUCGUGAAAUCGCUGGUCGCCUCGACGCGACAUGGGGUAUUGAUGCUGAGGGUGAGAUACGUGGGUUGUGGAAGCGUCAAUCGCGCCUCGAGAACCUGUGGAUCGCGGGUGGCUAUACGCAACAACACCGGUGGCACUCGCGCACGCUAGCCCUGCAGAUUAAGGCCUCUUUGGAAGGUAUACUACCUCCAGCAUAUCUGGACACGCCCCAUUCUGCGCGAGGAAGUCCGCAUAAAUGUACGUUACUGUAGAUAGCGGUAUCAUCUCCGAACGGGAGAAUGUACGUGGUUGAAUUGAACAUAUCAGCGCUUGGAAUCAGGUCCUGAUAUUUUUCCAUCCACUGUAAAACAUGUUGAACAUCACUUAAAAAAGCCUAUCGUGUGAGCAGUUGCUUCCAGAGAGAGGCAUGGACUAGAAACAGUGUACAUCCUCAAACCAAUCCCUGGAAGAGCACCUGGGCACUAACAUCACACUCAACAAAGGCAUUGAAUAUAGGUCACAAUAUUAUGGCAGUUGUUCGAUAAAGAAUACCUCAUCACACGCGAUGCAUCCGACAAUCUUGACACACGUCUAACUGACAACGACGGCACCGCAAAAUAAAUUUCCAGUGACGUGCCCCACACAAUUCGCAUUGAAGCCCGUGUCUACUACCGUUCAAGAUGCGCUCGAAGCGUCGCGAGUGUUCACACUCGUGCGUCUCCAGC